UGUCUGCGCUGUGCUACUGACAAGUCCAGCAUUCAGCAAGGAGCUCUCAGUCUGCCAGCUGCCGGACAGGAAUGGUACUCAGCUCAGCCCAGCCCAGGACAGGACUGUCUGACACGGAUUAUCUGAUCCAGGACCUUGCAGAGCUGGAAUUAUAACUUGUACCCUGCACACACCUGGGUUCAUGGAGCAGAGAAUACUCCUCCUAUUGGGGCUUCUGGUCACAUCCAACACAGGGUUUGUGCUUGCUCUCCUGUCUCAGCUCCCCGUGGGAAAAGUCAGCCACCAAGUCAAGGAAGGUGGAAGAAGGGCAGGUAGGGGAGAAAAGGAAUCGGUAGCCAUUUUUCUACAGUCAGGGGUUACCCAGCCCCCAGGAUCCACAUCCCCUGGACCCCAGGGGACUCCAAUUCCUGGAUAUGAUCAGAUGAGCCCCAGUUUCCACUUGGAACCAGAUUCCGGGGGCUCUCACAGGAGGGAGAAGCGGUGCACAUGUUAUACGUACAAGGACAAAGAGUGUGUGUACUACUGUCACCUGGACAUCAUAUGGAUCAAUACGCCUGAGCAAAUGGUUCCAUAUGGACUCUCCAGUUACAGAGGAGGUGUACGGAAAAAGCGAGCAGUAGAGAAAAGUCCAAUGAGGACCCAGUCACGUCCCCGAUGUACAUGUUCCAAACCCAGCGAUCAGCAAUGUGUCAGCUUCUGCAGAGAGACAACAAACAGACCUUCAGUCCAGAGAAACAUCAGAAUUAAACAGACAAGGAUGCGUGCAGCAGCAUGAUGGCCAGCCGCUGGAGUGAGGCCUGCAGCACAUCAGGUUUGAAGAUGUAAUUUAGGACAAGUGAGUUUCAGAGAGACUUGAUUAUUGACUUGUCGCUUGUUGUAGGUCGACAACCAGACAGUGGACAUGGCCACCAGUUUAAAGCGUCAUCCAUUCAGGCACGAGUGACACGCAGCCACUUACACUCUAAAUAAUUGUCCUUACCUCAUAU